AUGGUCGCUACUGACAUCCCCAAGAACUACACCGCGUCGCCGUCUUCGCACAUGGGCACGCCCUCUUUGACUAUCAACAAGGAAGCCACCAUCGACCUUGAUUCCACCAACUCUUUCGAGGGUCCUGAGAAGCUCCUGGAAGUAUGGUUUAGCUCCUCUGCCACCGACCUGCCGGGCCAGGCCGGCCCGUUGGGCCUCAAGAAAGUGUCUGCCGAUGUCUGGAAGGAGAUGCUCGACCUCGUCAACUGCAAAGUACUGUCCGUCAUCGAGUCCGAGCAUGUCGAUGCCUACCUGCUCUCCGAGUCCAGCAUGUUCGUGUUCCCCCACAAGGUCGUGCUGAAGACCUGUGGCACCACCACCCUCCUCUGGGGUCUCACUCGUCUGCUCGAGAUCGCUGCUGUCAAUGCGGGCUUCCCUUACGUUCAGCCGGCGCCCGGCACUGGCCUCGCAGCUUCUGCCACGCCCUACCGCGUCUUCUACAGCAGGAAGAACUUCCUCCACCCCGAGGCUCAGCAAGGUCCCCACCGAAGCUGGCGCGACGAAGUCCGCUUUUUGGACCAGCGUUUCAAGGGCGGCAGUGCCUACAUGAUUGGCAAGAUGAACGGAGAGCACUGGUACCUUUACAUCACGGGUCCCGAUACUACCUUGACUCCGCCCCCCAGCCCCGGCUCUGAAGAGCGCCCCGAGACGGAGACCAAGUAUGUGAAGCUUCCUGAGCGCAUGCUGCCAGAGAUGAACACCGAUGAAGAGGAGGAUGAGACUCUGGAGAUACUCAUGACCGACCUCGAUGUGAAGAACGCGCGUCAGUUCUAUCUCGAGGACGCGAGUGCGGUCGCGGAGGGUCGCUAUGUCCAGAGGGCUCGUGAGGCCCGCAAGAACGCCAUUCAGUCGCUUGGUUCCAUUCCCGAGGGCGAGUGCGAGAGCCUUGGUGGCUCCACGGUUCUCAACUCGACUGCCACCACCCACAUCUCGGAUGAGAGCUUCGAUGUCUUCGAGCAGACCUCUUCCGACCACUCUGGCUUCAACUCUGACGAAGAACUCUCCUUCCCCGAAGAGUUGACCACCGAGGGCCACACGCUCGGCACCAUCGUCUCCGAGCACUGCGGCCUGGCCGAUGUCUACCCCACCUCGAAGUACCCCGACGCCCGCAUCGACGCCUACCUCUUCACCCCCUGCGGCUUCUCCGCCAACGGCGUCGUCCCCGCUCCCGGUGGCGCGCCCAACGGCUCGAAGAAGGGCUCCGACGCCACCCACUACUUCACCGUGCACGUCACUCCCGAGCCGCACUGCUCGUACGCCUCGUUCGAGACCAAUGUUCCGGCUCGCCAGAGCGGUCGCGAGACGGCUGAUGUUAUCGAGCAUGUCAUUGGCAUCUUCAAGCCAGGCCGCUUCAGCAUCACCUUGUUCGAAGCUAAGCCCUCGCCUGAUGAGCUUCCGGGCAAGAACGUCGAGAAGAGCAAGCGCGUGGAGACCAUCCCCGGUUACCGCCGUGUUGACCGUAUCGUGCACGACCUUGAGGGAUACGAUCUCGUGUUCAGGUACUACGAGCGUGACGACUGGAAGGGUGGUAAGCCUAGGCUAGGUGAGAUCUUCUAG